AUGGCUUCAUUCGUGCGCUCUUCCCUGCUACGGCAGACUCUUGCGGCCCCCCGGUCGUCCUUCUGUCAGAAGAAUGUCGGCGUGUCGCAGAUUGUCGCUUUCCACGCCUCCGCGAAGAAGCAGAUCCUGCCUCCUCUGCCUCAGUCCGUCGAGGGAACCAUGAACGACCCUGUCGCCGUCCCUGAACCCCACCCCGCUGAGGGCAGCUACCACUGGACUUUUGAGAGACUGGUCAGCGUCGGCCUCGUUCCCCUCACCAUCGCUCCCUUCGCCGCUGGCUCCCUCAACCCCGUCAUGGACGCCAUCCUGUGCACUUUGAUUGUCGCCCACUCUCACAUCGGAUUCCAGGCUGGUAUUGUCGACUACUUCCCUCCCUCGCGUGUGCCCAAGUUCCGCGCCACUUGCAACUGGCUCCUGCGUGCCUUCACUCUCACCACCGCCGUUGGCCUGUACGAGUUCGAGACCAACGACGUCGGUAUCACCGAAGCUCUGCGCCGUAUCUGGACCGCAUAG